AUGGAGAAGAAGAAAGCUGUGAAGUACUUCUUGGUCGAUGCUUUCACUGAUUCGGCUUUCAAAGGUAAUCCUGCGGCGGUUUGUUUUCUUGACAACGACAACGAGAGAGACAACAAGUGGCUUCAGUCUGUAGCCGCCGAAUUCAACGUCACCGAAACUUGCUUUCUUGUUCCAAUCACUGGUUUCAAAGCUCGCUUCGGUCUCCGGUGGUUUACUCCACUGGUUGAGGUGGAUCUUUGUGGUCAUGCAACUUUAGCAUCAGCUCAUUGUCUCUUCUCAAAUGAUUUGGUUGAUUCAGAUAAGGUUGAGUUUGUCACAAGAUCAGGGAUUCUUAUAGCGAAGCGGGUUUCGGAUACUUUAGAGCUCAACGAUGGUGGAGUAGUGAAAGGAGGAGCUUUCUUGAUCGAGUUGGAUUUCCCUGUGAUUCAAACUUGUGAUGCAAAUCUCAAUGAUGAAUCUUUCUCACUGAUCACAAAGGCCUUGAACGGAGCUACUAUUGUCGAUGUUAAAGCUACCACGAACAACAACAUCAUCGUUGAGCUUUCAUCUAUGGAAUCUGUCGCUGAAUUGCAACCAAGAAUGGAUGAUAUAUUGAAAUGCCCCUGCAACGGAAUAAUUGUGACAGCUUCUGGUUCUGCAGGAUGUGCCCAUGAUUUCUACAGUCGAUACUUCGCCCCUAAAUUUGGAGUCAAUGAGGACCCUGUUUGUGGAAGUGCACAUUGUGCAUUAGCACAUUAUUGGAGCCUCAAGAUGGACAAAUGUGAUUUCUUAGCCUACCAAGCUUCGCGUAGAAGUGGAACAAUUAGGAUUCAUCUAGACAAGGAGAAGCAGAGGGUUCUCCUUAGAGGCAAAGCCGUGACUGUAAUGGAAGGCCAUGUCUUGGUCUGA